AUGGUGAACAAGGUGCUUGCGACCUUCGUGACCAUGGACAUAUUGUUCGUGGCCAUGGGGGCUAUUAUGUUGGGGUUCUCUGUCAUCGUACAGCAAACGUGCUUCGAUACGCCAACGGAAGGAAACGAUGCAGCUCGAGACUUACUAUACCAAAGAUUUCCUUUUACAGCUGGGAUCGUCAACGCUAUCUUCAUUUUUGUUACCUUCUUAGUUACGCUCCCAGCGUUAGCAACGAAUAGCAGGGGUUGGUUGAAGGUGGCUGUCUACAUGAUUGUGGUUGAUGCUAUUUUCACCAUGUCUAUCGGCGUAGACUUAUGGAUUCUCACCCUGAAGAUGAAAGAAGCAUUCCUCGAGAUUUGGCUCUCGCAACCACCUCAAGUACAAGGCCUCAUGCAGACAGCUUUCUCUUGCUGCGGCUUCAACAACAGUUCUUCCCCUGCUUUCAUUACCGAUGCGACUUGUCCCAGUCCCGCCGCCGCCGCCCUAAUGCGAGGAUGUGCUGCCCCUUUAAACUCAUUCGGAAACACAUUCGUGGACAACAUCUUCACAGCUAUGUUUGGUAUGGUCGGCAUUGACGUCGUCCUGAUUAUGUCUAUCGCCUGUUUAUUGAAGGACCGGAAGGAGCGUGAACGGUACCGCGAUAUCGAUGAGAAGAGUGGUGCCCGAGGCACUUUCUAA